AUGGAGAACUUCUCACUCCUCAGCAUCUCUAGACCUCGGAUCUCUUCCUCUGCCCUGACUGCUUUUCCUGACAUUACGUCCUCACUUGCCACCAGCUUGCCAGGUAAAUGCGAUAUGUUGCAAAGGACAAUGUUACUCACUGAGGUGUCCAGCCCAGCUCAGAUCCUGCACCCCCCCCCCCAAACCCAAGCAAGUGAUCUCCAGCAUGGGGACUCAGACCCUACCCUUUCCUUUGCAGACUUGGGGGACACCCAGAACGGGGAGCAGCUGAGGCGGAACUGUACCAUCUACCGACCCUGGUUUUCCCCUUACAGCUACUUUGUAUGCACAGACAAAGAGAGCCACCUGGAGGCCUAUGGGUUCCCAGAGGUGGACCGGGAAGAGGGAAGAGGGGACACCUGCCUUAUUGAGGAUUUGGCUGAGAGUGUCUGCUCGUCUUCCUCCUCCCAAGAGAACACAUACCCCAGGGAGUCCAACAAGAAAUCCAAGCAUGGCCUGGAUUCAAUCACAUCCCAGGAUAUCCUAAUGGCUUCCAAGUGGCACCCAGCCCAGCAGAAUGGCUUCAAGUGUGCAGCCUGUUGCCGCAUGUACCCCACUCUGCACUCCCUCAAGAGUCACAUCAAGGGGGGCUUCAAGGAAGGUUUCAGCUGCAAGGUAUACUACCGUAAGCUCAAAACCCUCUGGGGAAAGGAGCAGAAGGCCCGGCCAGGAGAUAGGAUCUCCCUGGGCAGCUGCCAGGCCUUCAAAUAGUCUACUGACACAUCAGGUAAAAAGGGAUGAAGCUUACUUAUGCCUCUAGGGAGGAAACAAUAAAUUGAAGUUAG